AGGCAAAUUUAUCAUUUGUUUUAUAUAUUUGUAAUAUCAUGUUUCGUAGAUUUUAAAUUGUGAGAAAAUAAAAAAAGUAACAAUAUUACGUAGAUAUUAAAUACGAAUUAUAUCAAGCAAAUUAAGGUGUUGAGAUUCGGAUCCCGAACUGAGUGUAUAAUACUCGCAAUGCCGAAUUGCACGACCAAUCUCACUUGGUAUCUUGGAAAGUUUAUUAUCGGAUUUACCGGGAUAUUAUUUCUCUACAUCAGUUUCUUGAAAGAAAAUAAGAAAUAUUGUGUGUGCAAUACUAGAAUGAGAGAAUUACUGCAGAAACAGAAAAGUGAAAAACGACCAAGUAGAUGCAAAUGUAUAAAGGGGAUGCAAGAUAAACGUUAUUUAUGUGGAUGCAACAAGACAAUGCAAUUAACGUGGAACGAUGAUAUGAUAUCGACGAUUUCAAAUGAUUUUAUCAAGCAUAAGAAGUCUUGUCCGAAAAGUCGCUGUUGCACCAGAAGAAAUUCUUGUUGAGAGAGAGAGAGAGAGAGAGAGGGGGGGGGGGGGAACGAUAAUGCGACAAUUCAUUGCUCAAGAUGUACUAUUUUUUAAAGAUAAGAUCUCUUAUUUAGAAUGGAGCUUUUUUCUUAUUAUUUGGAAUUAUUUCCUCACAAUUCAUUCAAUCGUCACCAAUGUAGCAAAUAAUAAAGAUAUAAUCCAUAAAAAGAAUCGAAAAAAACAUAUUAAUUGCAGACUCAUUGAAAUUACGUAAAAGACAAUUAUAUUUUUUAUAAACAAUGUCAGGUCUGUCCCUUUCGAGUAAAAAGGGGUACAAUUUGUGGUAUUUAGAUUGUCUAGUCCGCAUCAAACUAUUAUGCUCAUUAUCAUAUUAUGUAUGUAAUUGUGCUAUUAUGCAUAAUACACGAUGGUAUGCAACAAUACCUCUUACGAGCAUCUCUAUCUAUGUAUAUAUAUUGGCAACUAGCGAGUUAGCUAUGAGAAAUUCUAUGAAUAAGUUCGACAUAUUGUAGGAGAGUAACACGCCCGGUCGCACGCUCUGAAAAUCCGAAACUCGAUUAAUACGCGUCCCAUCUGUAGGUGAAGAGUCUAUAAGUAGAUCCUGCGCGGGCAGGACGUCAGUCAUAUUCGUAUAUUAUUUAUACUGACCUCGUAGACACGAGACACCUCGUUGCUAACGAGAUGGCCGCUUGAUCAUGCGGUGUGUGCGUGCAUGAGUGUGCGUGCGUGCGCGUAAUGAUAUAUUUAAUAUAUGUAUUUUCAACCGCACGACAUUAGGAUGUUGUUAAUGUUUAUUAAUUUGUCAAACGACGAAAUAUAAAAUAUUUCUUUUCCCUCCCUCCUCCUUUUUUUCCUUUCUCUUUCUCAUAUUGAUUAAUCGGUUAUCUUUAUUACGAUGAGAUUAUUUGUUUGACAUCAUUCAUUUUACAUUAGCAUAAUGUACAAAACAUUCUUCUCUUUUUAUCCUAUAUUUUUCUUUUACUCCAAUCAAAAGUUAUCUUUUAUUCUGAAAUGAUUAAUUAUUCUUGAAAUAAAAAUCAGGAAGCUGAAAAUAGUAAAGCGGUUGAAAAUUACAUGAAAUAAUACAUGGAAAUAUAAUCUUUCGUUUAUAACUUUUCGACGUAUGCACCUCAAGUUUUUCCGCAAUCUCCAUGAUGGUAAUCUAUAUGUGAGAUCUCUCUGAAUGGCAGGCUUUGUAAGAGGUAAAGACAUCGCAGCUGCGUCUCUUUCGUAUUUUGCGCGCAUUCCGAUGAAAUAAAACGAGAUGGGCUUGGGGUA